GCGGCCGCUUCCAUCGGGAUCACAACUGUCAGAAAGUGUUCGACGUGUUACGCACACUCUACGAAGGGAAUUAUUGGCAGCCAACCAACUGACUUUGCUGUCAUCACGAAAACAUAAAUUACUUUUUGCCUCAGUUUUUGACAGCGACUCUUUUAAUAAUUCGCAACUCAAGAUGAAGGUUAUUGGAUCUACCUGCGCGCUGAACAGCAAGGUUGGCAGCGAGGACAUGGUUCGCUGUCUCUCCGAGCAGAGCUUGGUCAUCUCUAAGUGCAAGAUCCCCUCGCUGGACGAGCAGAUGAGCGUGUUCCUCCAGGACAUGAACAACUGCUACAGCAAGCUUAAGGAGCUGGUGCCCACUCUGCCACCUAACAAGAAGGCCAGCAAGAUGGAGAUCCUUCAGCACGUAAUCGACUACAUCUGGGACCUCCAGGUCGAGCUCGACUCACCUGGCAUGAACCGUCAGCAAGCGUCCUCGGGCUCCCGCACGCCUCUGACAACCCUCAACGCAGAGCUGAGCAGCAUCUCUGUCGAGAACGGGUGCUCAGAUGACAGAAUCCUCUGUCGCUGAUUUUUCUGAGAGACAUCAGAAGCAGCAGCAGAAGCAGUAGCAUCAACCAGAACACGGGAUGCUGUCACACCGGUGAUGUUUCGUCUCGCCCCAAACCUUGCAUCAAGAAGUGACGAGACGAAGCAUUCUUGUGGUGCCAUACUGAUAGCCUACUCCCAAGUAGACAAGCGCAAGGGGAGUCUGGUGUAGCCAGAGGUGACCAACCAAGAAUGGAGGUCCCUGAUGUGACUUAGGUUUAGCUGUAUGGACAGUUGCCGACAUAGCAUCACAACAAUCACUUUUAAUAUUGCCUAUUUGGAUGCCUCCAAAAGACAAUGUCAAUUCCAUUGUUCCUGUUCUUUUUGUAUUUCUGAAUUUUGAACGUACACUUAGAGAAGAAUUUUAUAUUUUGUAAAAAAUGCAAACUUCUCAGAUUGCUGAGUUAUAUCUGUAUUGUAUAUUACAAUGCAUUCUAUGUCAAAUGUCAAUAUUGUUUUGUUACCAUGUACCUAAAUGAUGUUUAUAUUAAAACAAAUAGUAUUUUGGAAAA